CUGGAGACUCGCCGUUUCUCACGGCGCCGCCCCGCGCGCCCCAACCCCUACACCGCGGACACCGGGCUGAGAGCGCUCACGGCUCCCGCGACCCUCCUCUCGGAAUCCCUCCCACCCUCCGCGUAGUCCCCCACCGCUCCGGUUUCGCGGAGCCUUCAACACGCGGGGGUUCUCCUUCCCCUCCCCGCAGCCCCGCUCAUCUCAGUCCCGCCCAGCCUCCCCUCCUCGCAGCCCUGCCCAAACCCCGUCCCUUGCAGCCUCGCCCAGGCUCCUCCCCUCUCGGCCCCUCUCAGUCUCGCCCAGACCCCUCUCCUUGCAGCCCCGCCCAGUCCCCGCCCCCACAGCCACGCCCAGACCCCUCCUCAUCGCAUCCUCGCCCAGGCCCCCUCCCUCUCAGACCCGCCGCUCUCAGCCCCGCCUAAACCUUAUCCCCCUCAGCCCCGCCCAGACCCCGCCCCGGCCCUUCUCCCCUCAUCACGCUCCUUCCAAACCACUAUGCCCACGCACCCACCCAAACAGAGCAUUUUCUGGUCCCCGAGCUCCCGACCCCACCCGCUCCUAUGGCCUCCAACGGGCCCCCCUAGACCCGGCCCCCCAGACCCCGCCUCCCAGCCGCUCUAGCCCCGCCCGGCCGCUCUAGCCUCCGCUCCUCUCGCUGGUGGAAGUUCCCGACUGUGCUCGUUCCCGCAACUGGAGGCACGGCAGAGAAGGCAGGGCCCACGGCGGUGGGCGGUGCGUUGGGCAGGCUCGGGCCUCCCGCUCGCCGCUGCGUUGGGACCGCGCAGCCUGGUGUUUGCAGUGGCCUCAGGGAUCCGGAAAGCCUAGGACUGAACCUCUCCUAACAUCCAGUAAUGGGGACCUGGAACCUGGGCGUACUAGAGUGCCGCGCUUAGGGCUCCAGGUCGCUGGCUUCUGCGCUUUCUGCCUCUCCAAAAUUGAAUAUCUCCUAUCUGUGUCCUCAUACUUACUACCGCCUGAGGUGCCAUGGCCCCCAAGCCGGGGGCCGAGUGGAGCACAGCCCUGUCCCAUCUGGUGCUGGGAGUGGUGUCUCUGCACGCAGCCGUGAGCACAGCCGAGGCAAGUCGAGGGGCUGCUGCUGGCUUCCUGCUCCAGGUCUUGGCUGCCACCACCAUGCUGGCCCCAGGGCUGAGCACACAUGAAGACUGUCUUGCUGGAGCCUGGGUGGCCACCGUCAUCGGCCUUCCCCUUCUGGCGUUCGAUUUCCACUGGGUGAAUGGGGACCGCUCCUCUGCCAACCUGCUCCUGGGAGGAGGCAUGGUGCUGGCAGUGGCUGGCGGCCACCUCGGCCCUGAGGGCCGCUCUGUGGCUGGUCAGGCAAUGCUGUUGGUGGUCGCAGUGACCAUCCUCAUUGUAGCUGUCUUCACGACCAACACUUACGGGAUGUGGGGAGGGGCGAUGCUGGGUAUGGCAGGCCUCCUGAGCCGGCUGGAGGAGGACAGGCUGCUGCUGCUACCGAAGGAGGAUGUCUGUCGCUGGGCCCUGGCUGCAGGCAGCUGGGCUUACUGCCGGGCCCUGCAUACACAGCGCCUGCAGUGGGAGUGACAGUUGGAUACAGCAAGGCAGGGUUUCUGCCCUGCCGAACACUUUCCCUCCCACCUGCCUGCUCCUGGCGCCUUCUCCCAUAGGGGUAGACUCUCCUGCCCACUGAAGUGGGCAUGAUGCACAUUGGCUGGUCAGGGGCAGUCUGGGUGCUGUCCUUUGGCCACGUGUGGGGACUCGUCUAGACCAGAAUGAAAGGGACAGGGUCCCAGACACGUUUGGGGGGCCUGAUUCUGGGCUGGACAUGGUUGUGGAUCCAGAGAAGAGGCCUAGUCUCCAAUAAAUCUUAGGAAUUUUGCAGGAA